CUGGUGACUAAUUUCUGUAACUUCAUAUUGAUAUCUCUGGCUCUAUGUUCAUGUUGUAAUUUAUUUUAGUAAUUUGUGCUACUUGCUGACAAAUCCAAUGUUUAUUAACUAUGUGUUCGUGUUUGGUUUAUUCUCGGCAUUAAGGAAUUAAAAAUCUUGUCUCCAUGUAUAUGUUAUGCGGCAAGUUACUUUCAAAACCAAUGACAUUAGAUGAACUCGAUGUGCGUUUUGGCCAUUUUACUUGGCUUGCGUUGGUGAUUCGUACAUAGUCACGUGACCAAAGUAGUUUUUGGAUCAAUGGCGCCAAAUGUCUGUUACAGAAAAUGUUUACAGGACGCAAACUGAAGUGCCAUGUAGUGAAUGAUGUGACAUUCUACACAAUGUUGUUGCCGCGUUCUAAGUGUAAAGCAGUAGAAGGAUCGUGAACAUGUAGGUUGUGGACAAUUUAGCGAGAUGUCGUUGAGAGGCACAAAGCGGGCGACUGGGAUGCGCGGUGAUGAAGCCGGCGUAUCCAAGCGCCGCAGGACGGAGCCCGAGGAUGCUCUCUGGCAGCUCCGGCCUGUUAGUGACCUCAAGAUGUCAUCAAUAUAUAACAGGAGUGCCUCUGAGGCACCCGCAGAACUAUUCAGAAAGGACCUCAUCAGCGCCAUGAAACUGCCGGACAAUGAGCCACUUACACAGUCUUCAUACUGGGUUAUUACCGACACGUGGAAGCAGGACUGGGAGAGAGGAGUACAGGUUCCUGUCAAUCCUGACUCCCUCCCCGCGCCCAAAGUCAAGAUCAUUGACAAUCCACAACCACCAAACUUCCAAGAAUUCAAAUUGCCUAAGGACAAAUAUAUUCACCUCAGUCGAGAUGCUCACUACCAUUCAGACAAACACAUACUGAGUCAAACGCCGGCGCGGGCCGAGGCCGCUUGUAGUUAUGACUUGGAUGCGGCUGACACUGCAUGGCUCAAACUGUUGAACGCAGAGCGCGCAAGGGCAGGCGCACCGCCCGUCACAGAAGAUCAACUAGAAAAAGUCAUCGAAGAACUAGAGAUACGUAGCUGGGAUAAAAUCCAGGCUAUUGUCAAGUCUGAAGAAGGCCUCGGUAUCGAGUACGAUGAAAAUGUCAUCUGUGAUGUUUGCCGAUCUCCCGAUUCGGAAGAUGGCAAUGAGAUGGUAUUUUGCGACUCAUGCAACAUUUGCGUGCAUCAGGCCUGUUACGGUAUCACCGUUAUUCCAGACGGUCAAUGGCUAUGUAGGCCGUGCGGAGACGGUGUCAGGCCUAGCUGCGUGUUGUGUCCCAACCUUGGCGGUGCCAUGAAAUGCACGCCAUCGGGUCACAAGUGGGCACACGUGAGCUGUGUGCUAUGGAUACCCGAGGUCUCCAUCGGCUGCGCGGAGAUUAUGGAACCUAUUACUAAGAUAUCUUCCAUUCCAGCCUCCCGCUGGUCUCUAGUUUGUGUUUUGUGUCGUAAUCGCAAAGGAGCUUGUAUUCAGUGUUCCGUAAAGACUUGUAAAACGGCAUACCAUGUUACAUGCGCAUUCAAACAUGGCUUAGAAAUGCGAGCUAUUAUUGAGGACGAAAACGCGGAUGAUGGUGUAAAAUUACGUUCCUAUUGCCAAAAGCAUAGUGUUAAUUCAAAGAAAGAAAAGUGCCCAGGUUCAGGUCAGGAGGAGGAGGAUGAGUUGAAACGAAAGCGCAGAAAAGAUAUGACGUCGGAGGAAAAGACGCAAGCUCGAGCUGCUCGCUUGCAUGAGAUUGAGAGGGAGUUCGACAAGCACGUUAGUGUUAAGGAUAUCAGUACACAUCUCCUGGACGUCGAUCAGGACGCCAUCAAUUAUAUUUACAACUAUUGGAAAUUGAAAAGACGAGCAGGGCACAAUCGUCCCUUGUUGCCACCUAAAUCUGACGACACCGAGGUGUUAACGCACCGACAGGAACAAGCCGACAUUGAUAAACUAAAGAUGUUCGUGCAGCUCAGACAAGAUCUAGAGAGAGUCCGAAAUCUAUGCUACAUGGUGAGCAGAAGGGAAAAGCUCUCUCGAUCGUUCUUCCGGAUGAGAGAGCAAACGUUUCACAAACAAGUGGCUGUGUUGUCAGAAGCCGGCGACAUUCCUGAACAAGAAUUAUCUGCAAUCAUUGAGGCUAAUCAUGGACCUUCAAUAUAUGACAAAUUAUAUUCUCAUGAUAACGCUCAAGAUCAUAAGAAUGAUUUCGAUCAAGUAUUGGCUCGGAUCGCACCGGCGGAAUCUGGUGACGAGAAGAAGAAGGAUCGUAAUGGAUUAGUAAAAGGCUCGAAGUCUUCGAAUCCGUACAAGAAACAUUACGUAAAUGGGUCUCGACGCAGCGGCAGUAUGUACAGCGGGCUGUCAAGUGAGGAGAGUGGGACAGAAAUGGCGCGCCCUGGUAGAUUCCGAGGCAAAGCUAUCGGGUCUAGCACAGAUGAUGAAGGUAAAAGAGCUGGAUCCUCACCAAAGAAAAAGGUAUCUCCUAAAAUUAAAGGUAAAAGAUCUCCGAAGAAAACUGAACGGAAGAAAAAGAAGGUUCCGCAGUCUAAAGCUCUCAUUGAGAGCAGCAGUGAUGAAUCUAUUAAUUCCAGACUAAAGAAGGAUCGAUCUCGCAGCAAGACGUUGCAACAAAUGGAAAAGGAAAUGACUGCUGGAAAGAUGGGCCAGUCUGGCACUGAUAGUGAUGAUCUCAUGCCGAUUAGACCUACCAUGAGGAAUAAUAAAUUCCCCAUCGACAUCUACUCUGAUAGUAGCGAAGACAACAAAACCGAUAUUAUGACAGAAAAAGUUAAAUCCGAGAAAAGUAGAUCUGAUAAAGACAAAUCGGAUAAACUAAAAGUUGAGAAGUCGCCCAGUGGAAAUGAUUCUCAACAAUCCUUACCGAGAACAAAGGCGGCUAUGAAAGAAUUCAUACCCACUCAACCUGAAAAGAAACCUACUACUGCCCCAGAAGAAAAUAAACCAGUUCAGAAAAAGAGAGGCAGAAAACCUUCUAAUAAAGAUAAAAAGGUGCUACCUACCAAAAUAGAAUCCGACGAUGAAGCUAAAAAUAAAGAAAAUAUUAAAUUCUCUAAACAAAAAGACCAUCCAACAGAUCUAAUUGUUCCCCAAAGGCAAGCGGCAAAGAAAGCAUCUGAAAACAUGCGAACGUCAACCGCAGUGGUGAAGAAAGACGAAUCAGUUCCUGAACAACGAGAGCAAAAACAAUCAAGCGGAGAUGAUAUGAAACCGAAACCUGUAGUAAAACCCGCGAAGAAUAAAGGAAAAGAAAUGAAAGAUGCGCAGUCUUCUUCGAAAGUCAGUAGAAAGAAGUCUAAGGAGCUCGAGAAGGAACCAAUUUCAUACGUACCGCAAAGGCAAGCAGCUAAAAAGGCAGCUGCUCACAUUAAGAGCGGUUUGGGCACCAAAGUGCCUCCCACAGAGAACGAUAGUGACAAAAAGAAAGAUGAGAAAUUGGAAGCCAAAUCACCUAAAAAAGAAAAAGAUGACACUAAAAGUUCCAAACCGGCUCAGAAAGAGAGUUCUAGUUCCUCUUCCAAUUCAAGCAGCAGCAGUUAUUCGUCAUCGUCUAGCUCCGAGGACGAACCAGAGAAACCCAGUAUUAAACCGACGGCCAAAGCGCGCGAGAUUAAACCGGCCAAUACGACUCGACAGCCGUCAAUGUUCUCGCCACCCGGCACUAGACCUACAGUGGACUUGCCCUUUCUCGACAGGGUGUCAAGACCGCUGUCUUCAACUAGUGCCUCGAGUGAUUCUGACAGCUCUAAAGCGUCCGACGGGUCCCGAUCUGGAAGCCCAUAUCCUAAGAGACCAAGACGAAGGCGUAAAGUCAAAAGUGUGUCCAACGAUGCGUCCCCACGCAAGGCGCCGCCAGAUAAGAAGCUUAAAACUUCCGAACGGCGGUCCGAGUGUAGGGUACCAUCACCGACUCCUGAAGGAGAGGAACCUAGCCGACCCAGUGAUGCGCGCGCUGCCACACGUGCUCGGACCAGAAGCACUACUUCAGGCGGAAAUAUGCCUAAUAAGUCUGAUGCCCGAUCUAGAAAACCAUCCAAAGACGACGCCCUUGCCACUGGACCCAAUAAAACUCCCAAAGAGAGCAGCCAGUCCAGUGAACUUCCAACUGAGGAACGGAAAGAGGACGAGGCGGUAAAGGCACAGGUAAAGGAAGAUGUUAAGGAGGAAAUAAAGGACGACCACACUGUUGAUGUUCCUAAAAAUUACGCCAAGGGUAAGACUAACAAACUCAAACGGCGGAGCGAAUCUAAUGAUGAUAAAGACAAAAUCAAUAAGACUGUUGAUAAUGAAGUUCCACCACCGCAUAAGGUGAGUCCAAAGAAGAGUACAGAGCCUAAGCAAAAAUCGUCUAUAAGCAGACGAAUGAGUGUCAAAGAAACUGCUUCAAAAGAUCGGGCUCCAAGUAAUGAGGUUCGGGAACCAGCUAAGAAGGAUCGAAGACUCAGCGUAGCGCAUAAUAUUGCUGGGUCAGAACGGACCUCAGUGUCUCCUAAAAAGAAGACUAGUCAAUCGAAAAUUGAAAUAGAGAUACCGCCUAUAGAGACGAUUGAUUCAAAGAAUCCUCUACACCUUAGUACUGACUAUGACAAUGACGAUAAACAUUGGCUGCCCAAAGCUCCGAGUCCAAAUGCCAUUCCACCACAGGUAGAAAAGCCCGGAGGAAACGAAAAGUACAUUGAUGACAAAUCGAUGGAUUCUGAUUUCGCCGAUAAGAGUAGUGUCAAAAUGAUAGCUAAGAUUCAAGCUAAUCUCAAUGAAAAUACUAUGAUAAAGUCACCUAAAACACCGAUGGACGCAAGAACAAUAAGUAUUGAACACAUCGACACAGUAGAAAGCGUCGCGCGGAACAUGAGAAAGCAUUCAGCAGAAAAGAAGUUCAUCACGCAAGACACCAGCCACGUGCAAGGUGUCGAAAUAUCUAAGAGUGCUAAGAUACCUUCCACUGCGAACCCCUAUCCGAAUAGGUCCAUGUUCUCGCCGCAAUCAAAGGACAGUGAAUUCCUAGAUUUUGGUAUGAUGGCUGUCGAUGAUGGAUUUAACCACGACGAUAUCAUCAAACCUUUUGCGACCUAUCCUGAAUUCUUUUUCAAAGAAGAUUCCAAGCAGGGAGUGCAGGAAACUCUUAACUUGGUAGACCGUCUUAGAUUUAGACUGAGCACGAAGAAAGUGCCACCUGAAAAUCCUGAUCAAGAGGAGCCCAUAGUGGUGACUGAUGAAAAUGAGCAUAAAGAUAACGAUAUUGCUUGCAAUCUGGUAAAGGCUGAUGACGAGAAGAAUAGUUCGCCUUCUAAAAAAGUCAUUGCUGAAAGACCAGUAGAACCAUCACCACCAAAAGAAUUGAUACAUCACAAUGUCAACCAUGUCUCUUCUCGUAUUUCUUCAUCUAUUGAAAGAGACUUACCUUCAGGAGAUGCUGCUAUGGACGCUAAAGAAUUUCAACCCAUCGCCAUGACAAGUAAUGAGAAAUGGUCGAGUGUGCCAGUAUCUGUCUCGCAGCUAGACUCACAAGACAGCCAGUCUGCCAAUGACCGCAAAUAUGACAAUUCUAACUCAUACGAUGACGUGAAGGAGCCUGUAAACAUGCAGUCCGAGGUACAGUCUGUAACCGAAGAAGUAGCUGACAAUAUAUCGCUAUCUAAACAAAGUGAUGAUUCGCAACCUUUGUCUGUGGUUGACCAUUCUGUGCACAGCAACGACGUAGAGCUACCUCACGAUAACCAAAACUAUGACAAUAAUGAGAUGAUACACUCCGACUGCGCUACUAUAUCAUCGCCGCAGUACGUGAGCCAAGAGAAGUGGCGGGAAAGCAAGAUAACCACGAGGCGAUCGUCGGCCUCCAGCACUAACUCUGAGGCCUCUAUACACUCUCAUAAAAACAGUUUGAAAUCACGUUUGACUGUAAGUGAUCUACGUCCAGGUAAUGUAAUGCCCGAAAUAGAUACGUAUCCGCCUAUCCCAGCAUACUCGCGGCCUGUCGAGCCUUCAAUGCCACUGAACCAGUACACGACGUAUCCUCCUGAAGCGUCUCCGUUCCUGAGCUCCCUGCCUCUGUUCGCGGGCACGUCGGCUUUGCCCCUGCCAUCUCCGGGGCCUGGCCUUUACAGUGCCAUUCCAUAUACGGCCACGCCACCGCUACCGCUCAAACCUGCCUUCUAUAGUGCUGCCUUCACAUCGUCCUCUCAGAAUAUUGCACUCACUACAGCAAUGAUUGCUCCACCGACACCAAAGCCGACGGACUCACCUCGAGAUGACAUUGAUGUGACUGGAAGCGAUAAGUUUAUACAUGUUGUAUCCAGUCCGAGUAUCAGCGUUGAUUCCUACGAUACAAAUAGCACCAGAACUGGAACUAAGAUGUCAAACGACAAUAGCAACGAAACUAUGAAUACUCUCCUUCCACCGGAUUCCAGAUCCCCGCCAAAACUAAGCAAAGUAACGAAGUUUCCGAGCAAGUCACCGGGUAAAAGCCCUGGUAUAUCGCCUAAACAGAGUGAUGCACCAAAAGGUACCAAACGUCCCAGUAACCGCAGCAACAGAAGCCAAAGAGGGCGCGGCCGCUCUAAGAGUCGGGGGCAAGGGUUCCCUGUUGACUACAUGGGCAAUUCAAUCCAAAGCAAACUGGUUGGCACAGUUUACGACUUCGAUGAAGAAAUCGCGAAUGACGGUGUCGAUCUAAAAGCGCUUCGCGAUAAACGAAAAUCCAUUGAUCUACGAGAUGAUAGAAAAUCGGAACAUUCAUAUAAGGACACAUCACAAUCGCCUCGCGUCCUAACUCCUCCACCAAGUAAAAAACCUCCGACGUCUGAUAGUAAAGAUAGUAAACCACCUCCAUCUCCUGAGCCUACAGAUGCCAACUCGUCUCCAACGUGCUCUGAGCGCGGGGCAGGGUUCUCACAAGUAGCCCCGGUCUUACCCGGGCCCGUUGAUAUGCGCACUUAUCAACCUUUUGAAAAUCCUGCGCCUGCGACAGAAAACGCGUACCACUUGUUGGCAUUUGCCAGCGGCACUGCCGAACAGCAAUUGCCUGAAAUUGACGAAGAAGUCGAAAAACAAUUGCAUUCGGAAUUAAUGGCAAGUAAUCCCCAGACCGGUUCGCCGAGUCAACAACCGCCUGAACCUACAGUUCCUCCUAAAGAAACUUUUGUUCCACAGCUACCGAAGGUCUCAUUAUCGGACUCAAGAAACCAAUUGAAGGUCAAAAUCAAAGGACCAUUUUUGGAUGCGAACUAUUCUGCGAGCUCAUCGCAGCCGGUGGCGCCGCCGCCGCCCGCGCCUAUCAAUGAUCCCAGUACCAGCAUGAACAACACGCCCAACGCCGCGGCCGUCGCUGCGGCCUCCAACAUGAUGUCCGGGUCCACUAACCUACGACGCAUGCGCAAGAAAGAGUUGCUGCGUCAGUAUUGGACUCAGGACAUGAAUAUGGACGAGCCGUCCCAUAACAUGCCAGUGGGUCCAGUACCACCGCCUGCUGUUCAACCACCAAUAAAUCGAACAGUCAUUACCAUUCCGAAAGCAGUCGCAUCUAUGACAAGUAUUCCGACUCGAGAGGACUACAAGAACAGCGACAGUCCAGUUGAAAAGAAAACCAAACGCAAGACCACGAGCGGUCUGUCGAGGGAACUGCGACAUUUGGAAGUUAGCAUGAACGAUGAUAUUGACCCAUCAGAUGAUGUAAAACUAUCCACAAUAGCCGGCUCGUCGGGUCCCCCUCCACACAAGCGUCGCGCUCGGGCGUCAGCCAGCAAACCAAACCGCCCGAUCCCUGCUCUUCCAGUUGCGCCGAAACUGAAGAUUAAGAUUGGCUCAAACACUGUGCAACAGGUACCAGCUACUAACACUCCGACUAGUGAGGAGCCAGGGGGCUCCACCAUCUAUCGCCCUCCUAAGAAGCGACAUUUGGCUCAUAAACCUAGUCUGGAAGACCUUCGGCGCGAAAGCAUGAAGUACCGCAGAAUGGUCAUGGCUGAUUUUGAAGAAGAUGAAAAAACUACUAAAACGAAGCCUAAAAGUGAUAAAAGUGAGAAACGUAAACGGAAAAAGGACAAAAAAGCGGAAAAACUACAAGUGGUAAAUAGUGAAAGUGAUAGUGCGACAAAGUUGAUAAUAAAAAUAAAGCGUGCCAAGGAGGAGGAGGCUGGCGGGGCUAGCGCGGCUGGCGCGGGCGCGCAGUCGACGAGCGCAGCGGCGGCCGAGAGCGCGGGCCCCGAGCCUGCCAUCGACCCGUUCGAGUACGACCCGUCGGCGCCCGACCCGCUCGCCAUCGACCCGCCCUCCUACUCCGAGGCAACGUCUGCCAUGCGCAAGGUACGCACGGACAAAGUGACGCCGAUCCGGUUAAAAUUGGCGCGCAGCUCCGAGGGCUCCGGCUACGUGAUGAAGGAGACGGUGGAGGGCGCGGACGCGCGGCCCGCCCUGCCCGUCAACAACAAUAAACACUGUGAAGUGAGGUGAUAUAAGCCGCGCGCUGCCGGCAGUGUCAAGCGUACCAAGGACAACAAACUAUGUAAGAGCGUACAUUUUAAGCUUAAGAGUAAUAAAGCUGGAAGUAAGGCUAAAAAGAAGUAAGGGCAAGGACUAAGUGAAUAUGUUACAAUAGAACAAGUAUAAAAUCUCCUGUAUAGUUAAACUAAAUACUGAUAUUGUCUGUAUAUUUUUACAACAGUUUUAUCUCUAUCAUGGUGUAGUUUAUUAUUACAUAUUAUUAUAUUAUUUAUUUGUAUAAACGGAAAGCUCAAUGAUUAACUUAAAGUUAUUCUAAGGUAUAUAAUAUUGUGCAUUAUGCUGUGCACAAGUAAAUCUUAUUAUAGUAUAGCAUAUAUAUUUUUGUUAAUGUUACUGUUUUACUUUGUGCCUCAUAUGGAAUCUCAUUAAUUUUCAUGAAUUAAUUAUGUAAUUUUUGAAAAUAAGUUAUGUAUUAUGGACACUUCACAAUCAUCACAUACAUUCAUUAGCGUAUCCAUAGCAUUUCCAGAAUACAGCUAUCGUAGCAGACCCAUAUUUCAGUAUAUCAUUUCUAGCGCUGUGAUCUUAUUGCGCUUCUCUGUUCUAGGGUCAACACUGUGGGAGUGGAGGCUAGGUUGUACUUACAUUAAACACCUACUGCGGUCGUAGCUUCUUUUCACUAUAUCGACCAGUACAACUUAUAAAUGCCUCCGACUAUUACAGAGUAAACGAUUCUCAAGACACCAAGUUGAGUUUGUUGUACAAAGUCAUUACAUAAAACGCUGGUAGUUAGUACAAUUGGCCAAAAUUACACGAAACUUAUCAAAUGGUUCACAUUUAACCAAAGAUCGACCACAAAUGUUACUGCAUACAAAUAUGGGCAUUAAUUCUCAUAACUGUUUGACUUGUUUCCUCCAACCCUAGGAAUCACCGAACUUACACUGCAAUUACACACCCGCAUACAUUGAUCUCUGUUCUGCUAAUUUUACGAGUAGUCACAAACCUUAGGCAGUAUAAAGUACAAGUAAAAUAUGAAAUAAAAAUAACCUGGGUGUAAAAUAAGCAGAAUGCGGGACAAUUAAAUAAAGGAGAGCUGUGUGCCAUUUAUGUAACAAGUGGGUAACAUUUUACUGCCAUCUGAUGUUAGACGCUGUCCUGACACGUAUAGAUUAAUAUUGUACGCAAACCUGAGAUAAGCUAAUGAAGUCGAAUGUUAUAAUUUACUGAGGGUUACCCGUCACAACGACCGCGCACUUUCCGUACCAAGUAUAACAGUUUGUCGUAUUAUUCAGAAACUGUUUAUAAACCUAUUUUAACUAGCGUACUGUCUUCACCUUCAUCAUUCAAAGUCAAUUAAUAAGAUGUUACUUUAGUAAAACAGGUUUAUGCAGUGAAUCAAAAGUUUGAAAUAAUAUAUAUAGUAUUAGAAUCUGUUUAUGAACGCAUUUGCGUAUACAAAAGUGUAUGGUUGUGCUUUUCCUUGCACGUUUUCUAGGUGUUAAUUGUUGUUGCUAAGGAAAAAGUGCAAUGAAAAGAUUCAACAGUAACACAAUGUAAAUACUUUCGUUGGUCUAUGAUCGCCUGGUCGGAUGUAACGGGUCGCCCUCCAACAAUAUUGCUUAUAGCCUGUUAUCCAUAUUCAUGUUGACAACUAUUCAUAAAUAUAUUUAAGGUAUGAUUUUUAACUGAAACGAACUGAUUGGAAUAUUUAUUUGAAUGAUGCAUAUUUAACAUACGCUCUAUAAUGCUGGUCAUAUCUGUGGUCGUUGUCAAUGCUGAAAUAUCUAUUUUUGUACGUUACUGCUUGGGACCUAUUUACAGAAAAUCGCUUUCACAAAAAAUCGAUCAAGUUAAUAAUGUCACAAUAAGUGCUUGAAAUAAUGAAAUAGUAGUAAUGACGCCAUGGAGUCAUUACAUAGCGUAUGCUAAAUGUGUAAGUAAUUAGUUAGUGACGUGAACACAAUAUGAUUUUGUUUGUUUGUGCAAUAUUCGGCAAUACUCAUCGUAUAGUCAAAGAUUGAUUGACCGUAGGUAUGGAGUGUUAGUUUUAAGUGCAUGUCCGUUAUUCAUAAGUAUCACAGUUUCGUUCCCAUUGUAAAUAGUAUAAUAUAAUAACGUUCUAAGGCCUUGCCCAGACAUGUAAUUGAAUCGACCGAAACAAUUUAUUUAAAGUUCGAUGUGUUCAGUUUUCGCAAAGAGGUUGUGUUGAAUAUAUAUAUAGUGAAGAUUUUACGAUACAGUUUGUUUUGUUAUGGAUUGUUUUCAUUGAUUUAAACUACGUCUGAUUCUCAGUUGUUCGUGUCUAUUGACCAUGCUGACUGCAGAAAUAUUCGGAUAUUUCUCUUAAAAUUGAUUAUCUUUCGUAUGAAGUAUAUCUAGACAAGGCCUUGGCAGGAGAUGAAUAAUUAGGGCCGCCCCAUAUAAAUGCGACGGCGCAUAUGUAAAGCGACAGUUAGGCCACAAGGCCGCGGCCUAUCAAUGAGCUUAGUAUAAAUUUAAAUGUUUAAAUAUCAAAUUUUCGUAAAUAAUAAAUUAUGUAAGCUUAGUACCAAUCUGAAAUUAGCAGUCGCAACAAUGUACAGGAUUACAAUCGUAAAACAAAUAUUGCAAUUGUUUCAUGAUUCGUUAGCGACAAAGUAAUAUUUAGCGCAGGAGAAAUUCAUUCUCAUUUGGGAACGUUAUCACAUGACCGAAUUAGGUUGUAGGCUGUGCUUAGUUUCGCUAUAUUAUUUAUUUAAAAAAAAAACAAAAUCAGUUGAAAAGCCGUCUCUUAAAAGAUCAUCCUUCAAAUCAUGUGCACUAGUUUAUUAUUCAUAUUGAUUUUUUAUACUUUUAUAUUUUUAGUACGAAUCUAAAAUGUUUAUUUAUUACGAUGACAGAUAAAUAACACGUAAUUUAACUAAGUUACUAACACUUUCAGUGGUUGCAUUUAACUAUACUAGUAACAAACGAAUGGUGCCUGUAGUAUAUACAACAGACGAAUAAAUAAACCAAUCAAAACAUUGAAAUACAAUAUCGUUGUAAAUGACUUAGCAAUCAUUUUUAUUUUAAACAAACAUCCAAUCUUCCAUAAAUGACGAAUUAUAUAGAAAAGAAAUCGAUAGGAUUAUGUAUAUUGUAUUUAAUACCAACCAGAGAACAAGAAAAAAACUUGCAAGCGACUAAAAUUAAACCAAAAAUAUUUUCGCGCUUCUAAUCUACCGUCUUUGAAUUCUGAUUCUAAUAAUCACAAUAUUUAGCUAACCUAUUUGUAAAUAUGCUGUUUUAUAUUAGUUAAAACGUUGAACGCUCUCCAGGAGCCUAGUUGACAUGAGAUUUGAUUUAAUACGUGAGUAAAUGUAAACUAAAUGUAAAUAAUAAUUACCUACUUUAAUUGUAGCUUACGUACGUUCCAAAACGGAAGAAUUUUAAUAUUGGUAAUAAGCAAAUAUAAAAGUAAUAUUGCUUAGUUAUUUGUGUCUAUGUAAUCAAUAACUUUAUCCAUAAUAUAAACAAAGUUACCAUACUAUUAAACUAUUUAUAUUUGUAAAUAAUCAGGUUGCAACUAUUUUCGUGGUCAGCAAUUAUUUUCUUUAACGUAAUCGAAUGCAAUCAAACAUAUAUAAAAAGUAAGGUAACAUAAUUUAUUUUGAUAUACUGAUAUUUUUUCACGCAGUCUCCAUUGUUAAUUGUAUGUAUAUAGCAGUCACGGUAAUUGAUAAAUAAUAAUAGUAAGGCAAGCAUACGUUACAGCAGAGAGAGCAUAUUCUUGCAGGCCUGUGGGUCCUGUGGUAAUACAAUGUUCGACGAUUCUCCAUUUUACUGUACAUAGCUGUCUCCACACACGAUCAAUCGAUACAAUGUAAAUAACAUACUUCCUGCAAUCUCUAAAGGCUACCUGACUUGCUUCCAUUUUCCAUUAACUUAUCUUCGCGAAACAUGUUCGAGAAUAAUUUGUGUAACACAGUUUUUAAAACUAUUCUAGGAGUUUUCUUCCAUAUUGAUUAGUCUACAUAGAACCGUAGCUUUUAGACACAAUACCAAUAAAACAAAGCUUGUAUAAACUACGACACAAAUGAAUUUACUCUUCUAAGGAACGUUUAUUGAAUUAAUUUUAAAAAGUAGUUUCUGUAUUUCUACGUUUAAAUAAUACAUAAACAUGACACGUUCAGAGAUGAAUUUGAAACAAGAAUCAAUAUACAAUAUACAAAUUGAAUCAGAGAAACGUCGUUUUAUUGAUUUUUAGUUGAACUGCAGCAAUCUGGGAGUCUUUGUGUCACUUCAAAGUCUUCUUUUCAUUUCUAUGGGCAAACUCCGGAUUAAUCAGGGUGGAGCUCUCGUAUUGGUCAAGGCACUUUUAAGUCUCAAUAUAUAUUUAUAUAUAUAAUAACCAUGUAGGGUUAGGUAUCUUGUAUAUUAUCUAUAAACUUUGGAAUCGUAUUUAUUGGUAGACUAGAAGAUAAUGAUAGAGUAACAAGGCCGCGCCCACGCCUGCGCGUACAUAAAUUUUAAAUUAUUCAAUAUCUGGCGGAGUCGCCUGGGCAGGUAUUGCACUCUCUUAUACCAAACUUACUUCUAUUGAUAACUUUUAUAAUUAUAUAUUCGAAUAAUUUUAUAUAUUCCUGUACAUUACGGAUUUUGCCCCCCUUCCUCAAUUCUGUUUGAAGUAAUCCCUAUAUCAGUAUGGUACACUCACAUUGUCUAUUUUUUAAAACAAUUAGUCUAAACCCCGUGUAGAGCUUAAUAGACCCAUUUUAGUAUUUUGGACGGAUUUUUAACUGUUUUACAUAGUAGACAAUGUGAGUUUACAAAACAUACUACAAAAUAUAACAAAAUAAAUAUCAAUAAUUAUAAAAAACCAAUGACAAAAAUAAAUAGCUGUUAUGGCGGCACCAUUCUUAUGAAAUUAAUUGUCUAGGUUUAAUUCUAUAAUCUAUCAGAGUAUGAGCAUACGAACAACCAAUCAUGUUGAAACAAAUCAUGUGAUCGAUUUCUUUUGAAAUGUCAUAGAGGAGCAUUACCUGUGUAUUGCUCGCCUCAGUAUGAAUCAAACACUGGCGCCUAUUACGCCUGGAUUCUUCAAUCAAAGUACCACAAAGACAUUCUCUCAUCGCAAAAUCACGUUUUCAUUCGUCUUCCUCAUAGUAUCGCUUUUUAACAGCGCUGAGCGCUUUUUCUUUUAUUACAUUUCUCUCACAAACCGAAAGAGUGCAGGUGCAAGAAUGAAAUGACGGAACAGAGAUACAAAGAUACCUAACAGCCGAGAUUGGGCAUUAUUUCCUCAUUCCCUAAUCUUUAUCUUAUGUUCUUCGUUUAACAAUUUGCACGUUUUAUUUGUCUCUUUAGUGUUGCACGUACUCCUCGUACGCACAAAUGUUAAAGUGAAAUAAUACGAGUACCAACAUCACAUUUACAAUAUUUUUGUGUCGAUCAUUACCUUGUUACUGUGAUUUGUUUUAAUUUAUAUAAUAAAUCAAUUAGAAUUUUUAGAAAUAAUUUUUGUAUUUUGAGAUUCCGACUGCAGGGAAUAAAAAACACAUAAUAAUGUACAUAUAUGUUUAAAUUUCCUCUGUUGAUAAUAUUUUUUUAAUAUAAGUAAGUGUAUGUAAUUUUGAAAUAUUUUGUCGAUAUAAAUAACAAUAAAUAACGAAUGUAUUUUUUUCUUACUUUAAAAACGUUAUUAUUGGUACGCUGUAAGCGCAUUUUGUAAUGAGUAUUUUUUAGUUUAUGGAGUAAAUAGUGAAGUGUUGUAUUGUUGUUGUAAGAAUUGUAAUUUGCAAUGUAUAAUUGUAUAUUGUAAUUUGGUAAGGAUGCGUGUUAUUGAGAUGUUUAUGUAUUACUUCUUGUAUGAUAUGUACGUGACGCGCGAUGUAGUGAACUUACAUAGAGCGGGGACGCUGCCACCCUCUGGUAGAAUGUUACUAGCUACGUCGGUAACUCGUAGCGUAGGCACGUUGGGGCGUCUGUCUGGUCUGCACGGGCGCGAGACCAUUGUCUUAGUCAUGGCUGAGCGUCGCGCACCAGUCAUUAGCUUAUAGAGAAAAUUCGAUACAUAUAUUAACUAUAUUAUUUAUAUUGUAGACUAUAUAAUCAGUUUAAGUAUUAGAUAUAAGAGAUUACAUUUAAUUCUUAUACCAUUAUCCGUAUAAGUAUUAUGAUCAACAAUUUUUCCAUUGUUUUAAAUUAAUGUUGUUAGUAUAAAUAAUGUAAGAUUAAGUUUAAACUUGUACAAACUACUUAUGUACAGUGUGUAAAUUAAGAUGAUGAUGCUAAUAACGGCGGCUACGCCUGGCCGACAGAGGAAUAGAUGUAUCGUGGGUUUUGUAAAUAGUGUACAAGUAUAGUUAUUGUAAUAUAACAAGUGUUUUCAAUGUGCACAUAGUCGCC